GGAGGCGCGGCAUCACAUUGAUGGUCUCCCUGGAAGGAAUCGUCCAGAAAUGCAUUUUGGGAACAAGAUGACAUCUCUUCCAAGCAUUUAGGGGGAAGCGACAAUGCGGGAGCUGCCUUGAGGUGCGAGCAUCCACGGGAGACGUCGCCUCCGAGCCGCGGUGAGGCCGUCAAGGCGGCAUGGUGGAGCGGUCGGACCGAGCCCCUCUGCUGGACUGGGAGGAGGUUCCGUCCCGCGGUGGCGCAGACGGACAAGACCGACUCUCCAGCCCCUCGGCGCCGGGAAGGCUCGGGUGGAGCAGCGGUGCCUCUUCUUCCGACAGGUCCGCCUCUAACCCGCCCGCCACCUCCAUCACCCAGGCGGGCACGGAUGACGCGCCACACCCGGACAGGGCGCGGCAUCCCUCGGAUUCAGGAGCGGGGGACGUGCCGCUGGAGGAGAGGAUGCUGAGCUGGGAGGAGGAGAAGGACCAGAAGAUGCUGAGCUGGGAGGAGGAGAAGGACCACAUCGUGUCCGUCUUCGUGGUGGCCUUCAACACCAGGACAGGCAACAUGCUGGAGUGGUGUCUCCCCACAGACAUGGACCUGGAAGGUGUGGAGUUCAAAGCCAUUGCCAGUGGAUCCCACAGAGUCACCACAGACUUCAUCUACUUCCGCAAGGGCCGCUACUUCGGCCUGGCCUGCUUCGCCAACAUGGCGGUGGAGAACCCGGCGGAGCGCGGCGCCAGGAUGAAGUCGGUGGGGAUCCUGUCACCUUCGUACACUUUGCUUUAUCGAUACAUGAGCUUCCUGGAGCACCAGGUCAGGCUCCAGCUUCAGUCCCCGGGACAUUACUCGCCCCUGGAGGCCUUCUAUCAGGACAAGAGGGCGCUGCUGCCCCCUAGCGGCGACGACCUUGUAACUGCGUGCCCUGUGGACGCCUGGGGGAGCGCCAUCAACCACAGCAUGCACCCGGAAAUGAAGAUCACACACCCGGCCGGCUGCAUGUCCCAGUUCAUCCGCUUCUUCGGGGAGCAGAUCAUGGUCCUCUGGAAGCUGGCGCUCCUCCGGAGGCGGAUCCUCAUCUUCUCGCCUCCGCCCGUGGGCGUGGUCUGCUACAGAGUGUACUGCUGCUGCUGCCUGGCCAACGUCUCCAUCCCGGGGGUGGGCGUGGCCGUGCCCGAGCUCCGCCCCUUCUUCUACGUCAACGUGGCCGACAUCGGCGCCCUGGAGAACGAGCUGUCCUACGUGGCAUGCACCACGGAGAAGAUCCUGGAGGAGAAGCGAGACCUGUACGACGUCUACGUGGACAACCAGAACGUCAAGACCUGCAGGGAAGGCCUGAAGCCGCUGCUGCGCCUCACCAACGCCGACAGGGAGAAGUACCGCAAGCUCACCGAGCAGAGGAAGAUGCUGCUGUACUCUCAGGAGGAGAACGGCGACUGCGUGUCCAGCGAAGAAGAUUUGUUCAUUCUGUUUUUCUUGGAGCAGAACAACAGGAUUUUCCAAACCCUGAGCGAGGUGGCGGGGACUCCGGACCCCACUCUGACCCCGGAGAAUGUGAGGGCCAUGGGCCUGGACCCUCACGGGGACAGGCUCUUCCUGCUCCACCUGUUGGAGAUCUACGGCUUUGACACCCUGCUGAUGUCUGACCAGCUCUGCUGCAGCUGAGAGAGCAUUUCUCAUUUUCACUUUUGCAUUUUGGACUCUCUCAAGUCUUCUGGAUCAUGCGUGGUGUUCUAGUCUUUUCCUUUGUGCUGCCUCUGAUCACGCCCUUGUUCCAGGAAAUACUCCACACCCUGGACAGCAUCAUGUGGCUGUUCCAGGAAAUA